AUGGACGCACCCGAAAAAGACAGCGCAGAACACGAGCUCAUCACCGCUUCCUUAGACCUAGAGCGGCUGGAACAAAACCUGUUCAGGUCUAGAUCGCUUUGGUUACCGUCGAGGGCCAGGGGCGUGUUCGGGGGGCAGGUCAUCUCCCAAGCGUUGUUGAGUGCGACAAAUACUGUCGAUCCGGCUUACAGUGUCCAUUCGUUGCAUUGUUACUUCCUAUACAGCGCGGACGCGAGCGUGCCUAUCGUGUAUCACGUCGAGACGCUGCGCAAAGGACGCAGCUACACCGUCUGCUCAGUCAAGGCCGUCCAGUCCGGUUCCUGCAUCUUUGCGAUGCACUGCUCUUUCCACCGCCCGGAGCUUAUCCAGCCCAUGCAUCAAUGGCCCAUGCCCUCCGAUGUUCCCCCGCCUUCUGCCUGUCAGUUGCAGGAAGAGGUGUACGAGCAAGCUGCGCGCAGUCUCUUCCUGAGCGCGGAGGCUAGGGAGCGAGUGCUGUUGUACGCGAACGAUAGGCGGCACAGUCCUAUUGCCCUCAAGCUCGCAAAACGACCGGUCAGAGGAGAAGGAUAUGAUGAGAGAGGGAGGACGAUGUAUUGGCUCAAAGCGCGCGGGGUGGGACACCUGGAACCGAGCUUCCACAAGUGUAUCGUUGCCUACCUCUCCGAUCUAGCAUUUAUCGGAGUAGCUGGUAAGGCGAUGAGGUUGAGCAACGUUGCUAAGCCCCCGAAUAGGCUGGCGAUGCUCAGCUCACUUGAUCAUUCUAUCUGGUUCUACGACCAUAAUAUUAACUGCGGCGACUGGCUGCUGCAUGUGAUCGAGUGUCCUGUGGGGGGAUCGGGAAGGGGCUUAGUGCACGGAAGGCUUUAUACGCAAGAUGGGAGGCUCGUGGCUGUCACCACCCAGGAAGGGGUCGUACGUGCUGAUGUGGAUGUGAAGGAGGAGAAAGCGAAGCUGUGAUCACCGACUGAAGGAGAUUGUGACUAAUUCACUGUGUACCGACUCAUGGACGAUAGACUCAUACGCAUUCAAAUUUCACUAAAU